UUGCCCUCUUUGCACUUAAAACCCAAACAUGUAUAACAUUCGGACAUUCAACUCAACAAGUAACCACAAAGUAGAUUCAUGGAUUCAAACAACACUACAACCUCAAAAAGACUUAAAGAUUUGGCACAACAACUCAUUCUCUAUAAAUCUCCAUUACAACAAGCACCCAAUACAAAUCCAUCCCAUCAAUUGUCUGAUCUAAAUGGGGCUGUCCAAGAAAAUGAUUUGAAUAAAAAAGAUGAGGCAGACCAAGUUACUGCUCCACCAAAAAGAUUCAAACCCAACAGGGCUGCAGUGCUAGUAUGUAUAUUUGAAGAUGAAGAACACGAUGAUCUUCGCGUAAUUCUCACGAAAAGAUCCUCGAAUCUUUCCAAACACUCUGGGGAAAUUGCAUUGCCUGGAGGGAAAACAGAACAGGGUGAUGCAGAUGAUGUGCAGACAGCUUUGAGGGAGGCUCAUGAGGAGAUUGGAUUGGACCCGGAACUCGUUCAUGUUGUUGCUGUUCUUGACCCCUCUACAACCAGGUAUGGUGUGACAGUAGUUCCUGUGAUUGGCAUACUCUAUGACAAGAGAAAAUUCAACCCUGUUGCAAAUGAUGCUGAAGUGGAAGCAAUAUUCUAUGCUCCAUUGGAAAUGUUUCUCAAGGAUGAGAACCGAAGUGAGACCCAGACUGAGUACAUUGGAGAGAAGUAUCUGCUUCAUUUCUUUGAUUUCGAAACAGAUAAUACAAAGUAUCAGAUAUGGGGUUUAACAGCAGGGAUCCUGAUAACAGUUGCAACAGUUGUGUACCAGCGGCCACCAGCAUUUACAGAGCUGAGACCUAGAUUCUGGAGUGGAAAUCACCAAUGCAAGUUCUAGCUAUGACAGCGUGAUGAAAUGAGAGACCAACACAUCGUGUUAGGUAGAUCGAUUGGCGAUUGAUACUUUGUUGUAAAUUAUGUUGCUUGAAGUGUAUAAAUCCCCAUUCUUAUAUUUUUAUCUACUUGAGAGAGUUGCAAUAAAAUGGUAAUGUUGUGGAUCAUUUGAGAUUUUGAGGUUAUUUGGGUGCAAAUGUGUAAUCAUCUUGAUGGUUUA